AUGGCGUUAGAAUGGAGCAUCAAUCAUCUGUCGGUGCUAUUUAUCAUUUUCCUAUAUCGGAUUGCACUCGCGAGUGGAAUAGCGUCACCAUACCCGCAUCCUACACUGGCCCCAAAAUACCUCCCAUCCUGUGGUACAUAUGGUCAGCCCGUCUGUCCAUUCCUGCCGGCUGCCCCGGGUAUGACACCGAAGUGUGCCACCCCGGGGAUGACGUUUUGCGAGACAAACCCCGACUAUCCGGCAUAUCUCAUAAAACAAUUGGUUGAGGCGCUCGGCUUUCAGCGGAUUAUCGCCAACGAGGAGCAGAUCGAUUUUAACGCCUACAAACCGAUGGAAGAGGAGGAACAUCUUCACCAUCAUUAUCACCAUUUCUAUGGUUCCUUCAGUCAAAUGGAGCAACCGAAGCCCCCGGUGGCAGGAUAUAGUUACAAUCCGCCCGCACAACCAACGCUCCAGCAGCAACCCUCGAACAUGGUCAGCUUCGAUGGUCCAAAACAACACCCGCCGCCGCUCGUCCCCCAACCAAUCUACAUACCAAAGCCACAGCACUCGUACAACUACAACAGCUACGUGAAAGCACCCACCUUCAACCGUCACAACCCCACCCCCGGUGGCCAGCAGGGAUACUUCUAUCCCCCACCGCCGCGCUCGUCGCAGGUUACGCAGUACAGCCCGGCCGAUUGGCUCAAACGGUUCGCGCGGGAUCUCUCCGACAAACACCAGCGCCAGGCGCGGAUUGCAGCGAUGCGCCGGGUCGACGAGUCGGUCGAUCCUUUCGACACGGAACCGACACCCUUUCGACUGCCGGCCAUGUUGCUGAACGAGACGAGCUACGAACAGUUGCGGGGGGAAGCGCGCGCCAAACGGCAGACGGCGGAAGCGUUGCGGGAACCACUCUGUAGCGUACGGGAAAAGUACAUCACACCGCAGACGGCACUCAACACGAAGGGUAACUGGAUGUUUGUCGUGAACCAGGAGAACUCCCGGCAGCUCGUGAAAACAGAAGUUUGCUCGUCAACCGAAUGCUCCAACCUGUGCAGCUUCCCGAUCGGCUACAGUUCCCGGUGCGAGCAACGGUACGUCCAGAAGCGCCUGCUAACGCUCGAUCCGUCCGGUCGGACACUGUACGUCGACACCUACUGGUUUCCGAGCUGCUGCGUAUGCUCGCUGUACUCCGGAAACUGA